AUGGCGAGUCCCACAAUGAGAUUGUUCAAUACCCUGCUGGUCACGAUGGUGGCCAUUCUGGUAGGCUUCUUCUGCGUUCGCUUGCAACUGAUAACGCCAGAGGAAGGCCACCUGAAAGGCAUCGGCUUCUUUAUUGGUUCCCUGGUCUUUCCCUUGUUGAUUUUCAACACUGUGGCCACUGCGGAGUUGCACUCCGUGAACUACGGGGUCAUUGGAGCCUGCAGCCUGGGCAAGAUCGCUGUGAUGGUGCUCACCUGGCUCUUGGCAUAUGCGGUCUUUCAACCCCGCAGGUCUCGCGGACAGCGGAUCUUGACCGCCACCGUCUUCGCCUUCUUCGCAGUGGCCUCCAAUGACUUCGCCAUCGGCUUCCCAGUGAUUGAUGCCUUGUAUGAGAAGGACAUGUCCAUUUAUAUCACCGGGAACGCUCUUGUUGGCUCCUUCGUCUUCAUCCCCUUGACCAUGAUCGCUUUUGCGAUCGGUGGGGCCAUCAGAACUGGAACUGGGCAGAGCUACUGCCAAAUCUUUACCAAUAUCCUAUAUGACUUGGCAACGAAUCCUGUGAUCUUCAUGACUUGUGCUGGUUUGCUCUUCAAGAUCAUCUUUGGCAAUAGUCUGGUUGAAGAAAAUGGAAAAAUCCGACUACCACAUCCUCUUUCUGACUUUAUUGAUCUCUUUACAGCACCCUUCGGCAUGUCAGCUCUUUUCCUCACAGGCACUUCCUUGAGAACUCCUCGCGUCUCUGUCUGGGCUGUUGGACUGGUCUUGAUGAAGGUGGUGGUUUGCGCAUAUUUGAGCUAUACCUUUGGUACCGCUUUGGUGCGCGGAGGAGGUGACAUCAAGGUUCUGCACGACUUCACCUAUUUCUAUGGCGCCAUCCCCACCAGCAGCGCACCCAUCGUCUUCGCGUCUCAGUUCGACCCCGAAGCCGCUGAGCUGAUCGCCACAGCAGUGCUUUUCGGUCUCAUCCUGGCUGGGCCCAUCAUGUUCAUCACGGCCUAUUCACUGAAUGAACAAGAUGCUGAUUCAGGUCUAUACACUUUACGACAAGUGCAAUUCAGUGCAGAUGCCGCCGGCAUUUUCUGCGGUCUAUUCUUCGUUGGCUGUCUUGCAUUGGUGCGCCAGUAUUGGUGCUUCACAUGUCCUGCUAAACAACUGCUUGCAUUCUACGGGACGGUCUUGAUGGUCUACGCUGCGGUAUCCUUUUCUGUGAAUCCCAUCAUUUCUGCCACAUCCUGUGAUGCCUUCAAUGAGAUGCAUUUGCAAACGCCAUGGGUUAUCGCCUUCAGUUGGCUACAGAACAGUGCCUCGAUUAUGCUAUUGGUGCUACAGGCGAUGUAUGCUUGUGGACCGGUGAGGUCCUCCGAUGCACCGAUGGCGGGCCUGGUCAUCGUUUGCCUGUGCCUCGCACUAGCACUGCUGCCCUCCUUCUUUGCAACACCCAACACCAUCAACGAGAUUUGCAACCACGAGGAGAUCGGAUCUCUGGAGCUUUGCCUCAACGUGGUGUGGUCUGGUCUCAAACUGUUGAUCGCUUCGUCCCUGGCGAUCUACGCUCUCUGCUUCCGCCGCCCGGGGCUCCACCGAAGCGACGAGACCGAGACCGAGACCGAGAGCUCCGACGAUUCCUGCGAGGUGUCAGAGAUUUGGCAAAGCUCUAGUCUUGCCGUGGAUUGGCAGCAUCUUGUACCAGGAGGUAUCAUUCUCACGAUCACCAUCAUGAACAUCGUGAAAAUCCUGACGCAAGUCAUCAAUGUAGGAAGCUUUGCCUCCAUGCUUCUGCUGGAGAGCGCCCUGGAGCACUCUCAGCCCAUCGUGCUGCUAGCGGCACUCUUCUUUGACGCGAACUUCACCGGGAUCAGCCGUAUGGAGAGCGAGAUCAAGGACCUAAGAAGGUCUUUGGAAGAGCUGCUCGAAGCCAAGACGCUGUUGGUCAUGAAGCCCGACUUUGAGGAAGCGGUCGAGUCGCAGAAACUUUUGGAAGAGCAGCUCUUAAAAGUCAAAGACCAGCUCACAGAGGAGCUCGGACGGCUGCACAGUCGAAGCGUUGCGCAUGAAGAGCGUGCGCAAGGCAUUGCAGAUGAGAUGCUGCAGAAGAACCAGGAGAUGGUGGAGCGCCAUUUGGCUUUAGAGCAGUGCCAGCAGCAGCUCCGCGAAGAACAGCAAAGCGGCCUUGAAGCGCUACAGAAAGAGUUCGGUGAGCAAGUUGCCCAUCUCUUGUUCUUGAACGAAGACUUGAAAACUGCGGAUAUGGCGCAGGUGAACAGACAGCUAACCACCUUGCUGCAAGACGUGGAGACCCUCCAUGUGGAGGUUGGCCUUCGUGCUCAAGGUGCCUGGGUGCAAGACUUAGACCUCGGGCUGAAAGACUUGCAAGCACAAGUGACCGAGGAGACUGCUCGCCUUUCCAAUGCAUUGCAUCGUACUUGGCCCUCCCUGGAGCGCUCCGAUGAAAAGGCUUGGAGGCAACAAGCGGCCAAGCAGCUGCAGGCGGUGCGUGUUGCCAAUGGCGAGCUUGUGGCGGAAUUUGAGAAAAUCUCAUCAAAGGCCACACAUGAAUACAGCCAGGCGGUCGAGAGGCACCAGGCUGCCGAGAAAAGCUUGGAACGGCUCAGGGCGGAUGUGGAAUGGAAGGAGCUUUCGAAUGCCGAACAGCAUGCCAUGUUGGAGGAACGUCUGGAGACCUUGGAGAUGGACUUGGCCCACGAAACCCGGCGCAUCCAAGAGCAGGCGGAAGAAAGCCUUCAAGUACUUGGGAGCAAGUUGAGUACAGUGAAAGAGAACAUGAAAGACCGAGAGCAAGCGGUGCUCUUUGGUGCCAGGUGCCUCUCUUGCAACCGUGCCUAUGAGGAUACCAUCAAGACCACAGGCUCUGUGAACCUCCCAGCAGAGAAGCGAAAAGCGCAGGUCUUUGCUGAAAUACAGAGAGCCUUACACAGUCCCAGGACGGAUCCACAGGAACCCAUCAAGCUUCUGGCUGUCAAGGUGGGUCGACCUGGCGCGCAAAGCCCAAAGGCGUGCAACGUUGCCAGUCGUGACAGUGCCUCUAUGGCUUAUGGAAUCGAGGACGUGCAGCUGUUGCCAGUGAGGGCCCACAGCUCCUUGAGCACCCAUCGGCGGCCGAGGGGCCUGUGCGCCACUCCGCGGCCGACCACUCAAAGCAAGCAAUGCAACUGGUCGUUUGGCCGCGCAUUGUUGCCAAAUGAGAUGCGGACAUCCAAGGAUCAGGCCUAUGAGGAUAUCAAGUCCGCCAUCUCCUGA